AUGAAAUUUAAAUUCACGUCAAUCUUGUAUUUUUUUGUUUUAAUUGUAUAAAGUUUUCAAGUAUAUAUAUUUUUAUAGUAAUGUAACGUGUUCUUUACCAUCCAAGAUAAAUGAUAUUGCGAAUUUUAAAAACUAUACAUUCAACAUUUAGUUUUAAAUGUUUUAGUACAAAAGUUAAUAUGCCAAGAAGGUAUUUAAAUGUUGCAGAAAAAAAUGAUGCUGCAAAGAAUAUCGCACAACUCUUGUCUAGAGGCACAUCUAAUAAAAGGGAAGGUAUGUCGGUUUAUAACAAAAUAUAUGAAUUUGAUGCUACAGUAUUCAAUGAACAAGCCAGAAUGUUAAUGACGUCUGUUUCUGGGCAUUUACUUAACAACGCAUUUACGGGAGCUUACAAAAAUUGGAACACAUGUAGCCCUCUGGUUCUAUUUGACGCCCCCAUUGUGAAAUACUGCCCAGAAGAUUUUUUGAAAGUUAAGAAAACUUUAGAAAGGGAGAUAAGAUCUUGCGAUGGUCUUAUAUUAUGGACAGAUUGUGAUAGAGAAGGAGAAAAUAUAGCUUUUGAGAUUAUUAAAGUGUGUACAGAUGUUAAACCGAAUCUCAGAAUAUACAGAGCUAAAUUUUCCGAGAUAACUGCUGCCUCAGUAUUCAGAGCUUUAAGCACUUUAGGUCAACCAAACAAAAACGUUAGUGAUGCUGUAGACGUACGGAUGGAAUUGGAUUUAAGAACAGGUGCCGCAUUUACUAGAUUACAAACGUUAAGGUUACAGAAGGUUUUUCCUCAAAAAUUAGCUGAUAAAGUUAUAAGUUAUGGAUCUUGUCAAUUUCCAACUCUUGGUUUUGUUGUGGAAAGGUAUCAGGCUAUAGAGGAUUUCAUUGCUGAGCCAUUUUGGAGAAUUAAAGUGUCCCAUACAGUGGGCGACAUCACUGCGGACUUUACGUGGAAAAGAGAUAGGCUUUUUGAUAAGAACGCAUGCGAAGCAAUACUGGAUAUAUGCCAAGAAAAUCCUUUGGCUACGGUGGAGAGUGUUGAAAGCAAAGAAAAAAGCAAAUGGCGGCCUCUACCCCUCGAUACAGUGGAAAUGGAAAAAAACGUUUCGAGAAAGCUAAGAAUCAACGCCAAAGAUACCAUGAAACUGGCCGAAAGGUUAUACACUCAGGGUUACAUAAGUUAUCCACGUACUGAAACCAAUAUAUUUCCCAAAGAAUUGAACCUGAGUAACUUAGUUCAACAGCAAUUAAACGACGCCAGAUGGGGCAAUUUCGCGCAAAGAAUCAUGGACGAGGGUGGACCAACACCCAGGCAUGGCAAAAAAUCCGAUCAGGCGCAUCCUCCGAUCCAUCCCACGAAAUACGCCGAUAAUCUUGGCGGUAACGAACAGAGACUUUAUGAGUACAUUGUGAGACAUUUUUUGGCCUGUUUGCAUAAGGACGCUAAAGGUUUCGAAACAAUUGUCAGCGCGGACAUUGCCGGAGAAAAGUUUCAGGCAAAAGGGCUCAUCAUUUUGGAAAAGAAUUAUCUGGAGGUGUACAUUUACGAAAAGUGGAAUGCUAAGGAGAUAAACAAUUAUAUCGUCGGUCAAACUUUCACUCCGACGCUUCUAGAUAUUGUUGAAAGUUCAACUGCCCCUCCCAAACUACUUACGGAAGCCGAUCUCAUAGCUCUAAUGGAAAAGCACGGUAUCGGGACAGACGCCACACACGCCGAACAUAUAGAAAAAAUCAAAUCCAGAGAAUACGUGGGCUUGCACGAAAACAUGUAUUUCGUACCUGGUACGCUAGGAAUGGGUUUAGUUGAAGGCUACAACAACAUUGGUCUCGAAGUGUCCCUGGCUAAACCGAAUCUCAGAGCGGAAUUCGAAAAGGAUUUGAAAUUAAUCUGCGACGGUAUAAAAGACGCCGACGAGGUCAAACGAGAGCAAAUUGCUAAAUAUAGAGCGGUAUUUCAGACGGUUAUGGAAAAGAUGCGAUUGAUUGAUCAAAGUUUGAGCACUAGAUUGGAGGAUAGACCCGUCGAUGUACCGGACGCUGAAAUUAUCGCUAACAAUGAAGAUCAAAGGCCCGCUAUGAAGUGUCCCAAGUGCGGGAGUGAUAUGGUUUUAAGGAAUAAAUCGAAUGGACCAGGAAAAUAUUUAACGUGUACAGGGUAUCCACAAUGUCGACAUUCCAUAUGGUUUCCUACCUGUGUAGAUAAUAUAGAAAUACAAAACCAACAUUGUGCUGAAUGCGGCCCUGAUUAUAAACAACUAAAAUUAAAGUUCAAAGCAAUGCAGAAUUUGUUUCCCGGCGAACCAAAUCCUAAUAUACUUUGCAUAGGUGGCUGUGAUUUGAACGUUUUGGAAACCUUAGAUAUUAGCCCGUCAUCAGUGAGAGGCCAAGGAAGGCCGCUUGUUAAUAUCGCCGCACAGUUCACCAACGCUCAAAAUCAACCGGCACCGAAUAAUAUCAGAAGAAGCAGCACACCAAACAAUUCAAUCACGGGUUCCAAUCAGAAUCCGACUCACAACUGGUCUGCCGACGACACGAGAAGAAAUUCCGACAGUGGAUUCGGCGGUUCGAACCCAUCCAGUUCUACUUCUGGUUCCAGAAACGGAAAUUGGUUGUCGAAGAAUUUCGGCAGCCAGAACCAGCCCAACGCGACGACCAAUAGAACGACAAUUUUGGACGUGUUACCUCGACCGGCGGCGGCCAAUAAUAACAAUAACGCAGGAUGUAGCGGUGGCGCGCAAAAUGGCGAACAGAUGGACGAAGUCGUUUGUUCUUGUAAUCAAGACGCUAUUCUGCUAACUGUGAGAAAGGAUGGUCCUAAUCAAGGCAAACUUUUCUACAAAUGCGCCAACAGCACUUGCAACUUUUUCAUGUGGGCUCCGAAUGCGGACGCAGAACCAGGCAGUAAUACCAAUACCAGCAGGCAGCAGUACAACACCACCAACAACGAUCCGUCGCAAAUAAACUGCGACUGUAGGCAACCGGCCACUCUCAAAACAGUGUCCAAAGCCGGUCCGAAUACUGGCAGACAGUUUUACUGUUGCCAAAAACCCAUUGGACAGGGAUGCAAGUUUUUCAAAUGGGCCGAUCAGACCGACGGUGGCGGCGAUAACAAUGGCAGCGAUGGCGAUGGUGGCGGGGGCGGCGGCGGCGGAAACUGGAAUUACGGCGGAGGCAACAAUUUUGUGCAACGGAAUAAGAAGACUACGAAUAAAAGAACGGCGCCUUACAAUAAUCAAACGAAAGCUAAAAGAAAAUGCGGAAUUUGCGGAGAGGAAGGACACACUAGAAAUAAAUGUCCGAACAAGUGAGAACUUAACAGUGAAUUUUUUACAUGUUAUAUAUUGUUAUAAGUUUAAAAAUAAAUUAUUAUAUUCUU